UCAUGAUCUCCCGGCCCACGCCAUCGUUCCCAUUGACGCUCCCUCAAGAACUCAGGGAUGUCAUCAUUCAGCAUCUCUCUGCAUCUCCAUCGACACUCGCCUCCUGCGCUCUCGCGCACCGAAGCCUUACCUCGAGUUCUCAGACGUUGCUUUUCCGCGCUGUGCACUUAUCCGGCGCCGAUCGUGCCAAUGCCUUUCACGAAUCUAUCGCAUCGUCUCAUUACCUUGCCUCGCUCGUCACUCAGCUCGUGAUCACCGAGCUCGAUGGGCCCUGGGUCGCCGACGCUGUCCCACAUAUGCUCACCGUGCUCGAGGCGCUGCCCAACCUUACCGCACUCGCCAUGCGAUGCGGUGUGGGAUCUGACGUCAGCGGCGAAGCCCCGGCUGGUUCAUUAGUGCUCCUCGCGCAAUGCGCAAACAGACUGCGUGUGUUAGAGCUGGAUUUCUACUUCAACACCUGGUCGACCGACAUUCGAUACUACUCUUUCCCCGUUCUUCACACCCUCAUCUUCAGUCAUGAAGUCUGGUACGAGAGCACCAUACAGGGCUGGCUGAUGGUGACACCCGCUAUUCGGCGCGUCGUCAUUUGGGUGAUGAAUGGCGCGAAGGCUUUGAGAGGGCUGCAGGUAACGGAGCAGGGGCUGGUGUAUGGCCAGCCGUACUGGAUGGACGGAGAGGUUAUGGGCGGAGACUGGUGGCUGAGGGCGGAGAUCAUGGAGGAGGGAAGCAAAUUGGAAAGGAUCGAGAUGGUGGUUUAUCAGGAGGAGACGACGAGGUUGGGCGACGGAGCUCGGGACGAGGUGCAAACAGAUCCUCUGGGUGUAUACGAGUGCAAGGAUGGAAGGAAGGUGGAGGUCGUCAUUGUAAGGAUCCCCAAGACCGGCCCGGAAGGCUGGCCCCUUUGUCCGCCGUUGCUUAUGUCGGUCCUAUAGUUCAAUAACCAGACGCCCGUUGAGGGUCUUUGACCAGGCAUUUACCAGU